GAAAGGUGGGCCAAAAUGGUUACGGAGUGGGACCCACGGAACACCAUAGAUGUGGAUAAGUUAGAUUUAUAUUCUGCCCAGGAGACACCAGAUAAUGAAAUAAUGGUUGAAAUAGGCGCCCCUCCGCAGCCACCUGAAGAAUGUCUCGAAAACUGUGAAUGGUAUUGGGGUGACAUCACAAGAGAUGAGGCAAAUGAAAAACUUAGAGAUACCCCAGAUGGCUCUUUCCUGGUUCGAAAUGCAUCAAAUAAAGGCAGUGGAUAUACAUUGACUGUCCGCAAAGGAGGAACCAACAAAUUGAUAAAGAUAUACUAUCAAGAUGGACGCUAUGGAUUCUGUGAGCCAUUCCAGUUUGCUUCUGUUGUGGAACUGGUCAGGUUCUACACGCAGUGCUCCCUCGCACACUGCAACCGCAACCUGGACAUCACUCUUAUGUACCCUUUGUUACGAUCCCAAGAAAAUGAUGGAGGUGAAAAUGACAGUGAAGAAACACUCGAAGCAGAAUAUAAAAACAUACAUAAACAAUAUGUCCUUAAAACAAGGAACUUUGAUGAAUGCUCUGACAAAUACAUGAGAUUGAGGGAGGAAGUUAAGGCUAAGAAACAAGCUCUAGAUGCAUUCAACGAGACUGUUAAAGUUUGUGAGGAACAUCUCCGAUAUCAAGAUGAAAUGCAGUCUAAAGCACAACCACAUGAGAAAACAGAUCUUAUACAAAAUAACAAGCAGCUAAUAUCAAGAGUGAACAGCUUGAAACAAGCAAGUUAUGAUCUGCACAAUUUACUUCGGGUUACUGUAAAAGAAAACUUGAAGCUUGAGAGAGAGAUAACUCAACUUAAACCACAAAUAGUAGAUCUCUUCAAGAAAAAAGAUCUGCACAAAAUAUGGCUCCAAAGGCGUGGUAAGACUGACGAGUAUUUAACAAAUUUAGAGGAGGAUAACAUACAUAAGUUAGAAGAGUUAUAUGCACAUCGUGAAAUGAAAAGUUGGAUGGUAGAAAAUUGCACUCGCGAAAAUGCUGAGAAAAUUCUAGAUGGAAAACCUACAGGCACAUUUUUAAUACGGCCAAACUCUAGAGGGCAACUUGCACUAUCCAUAUGUUGUAACAACAUUGUCUACCAUUGCAUUAUAUUCAAGACUGAAAGAGGUUAUGGUUUUGCAGAACCAUAUAAUGUUUACAAGACAUUAAAUGAGCUUGUUCUACAUUACGCCAUUAACUCGCUAGAUGAACACAACGACCAACUCCGAACCACACUCAAGUAUCCCAUCAAUGCUCAUCUAGUAAGCAAGCCGGAGAAGAAACAGUCACAUGAAAGUGAACACCUGGAACCCCAUCAAAAUCAAUCAAACCAUCAAAUGGAGUGCCAGGCUUCACACCAGCAGAGACCCAGGCAGUAGUACCAAAUGAUACUUUAUGUGAGUCUUGCUGAAUCUAGUCUUCUAUUUAAAUAGAUGACUGGUGUGAUCUUUCACUUAUGUGAUAAAGGUAUCAUGCAUGAGGUUCAAGUCAUUCCUGUAUGUAUAAACAGAUGCACUGAUCUCAUGUUCCCAGAAAGAUUUUGUAUUAUUAGCCCGGUUGUUUUGUCUUUGAAAUGAUCAACAACCUGGCUAUACUCUUCUAUUGGAUCUGAAUAAUGUCUAAAAUGCAAUGAUAAGUAUGUGAUGGUAAUAAUAACUAUGCAUAUUAUCAUGUGAUAUUUUCCAUUGCUUAAUACUUCUAUUAGAAGAGGUAUGUAAAAAUUUGAAUGGCCCAAUCAACAACGAAAGUAUAAAUUUGUAUUGCGUCCAGUUUUUGAUGAAUUUGAUUGGGAAGUGUAAGGGCGCGUGAGGGAACAGACAAAGUAUUGUAUGAAGUAUAAUAUUUAAGUUGCAUGUUUUCUGUAAGUAGCUUUAGGGAGAACGUCUGUCAGCCAAAUGUACAAACGCGAGUACCAAAAAUGUGUCAUGUAAAUGUUGAUGCGUGCAAAUCAGUGAACUCUGGAAGUUUAAUGUUAUUUAAUACUUGAUUUGUUAUUUGUGUUUGCUAAUGUGAUAUUAAUUUGUUAAAAGUCAUUUUUAGGGUUGGGAUUUAUAAAGCACAUACCUACAUCUGCAGGUACUAUAUUUAUAAAUUUAUUGAAUAUUU